GUUCCACCCUUUUGUGUCCUACUUGGUAUAUUCCUUCCAUGACAUUAAACAGCAUUGGGCGGCUCCAUUUUAUCCAAAAGGGGGCAGAAGAGACGGAGAAACCAAGAUGAAUGAAUCUGACGGUGCCUUUUCCCAGGGAUAAAGGGAAGUGACGUAGUAACAUCGACGCACUACUACUACUACAAUAAGUGGGGAGAAGGGUUUUUUCAAUCCUUUCAUCCACCCCUCCUUUGAACUAGUUGGUACAUUCCUAGCUCGUCUUUAAACCGCACCAUGCCUCGACUUGGGCUGUUCCAUUUUGCUCAAAAGGGGGUAGAGGAGAAAAAAAAGAAUGGAGCGGCAGCGUUCCCUCAGUAAAGGCUGUGGAGCCGAUUGGUGCAGCGUCGACUGAGCCAGGGCUGAGUUAUGCCAGGGCCUUGUUUAUGGAAGGCGGCGGGAUCGCUGUGAGGAGGAAGGCGAGGACGAGGGCACGGGACCGCUCAGCUCCUUCUCCGGCCCGCAAGAAGCCAAGCUCAGGGGAAGCCUUCGAAGGACCUGGGCCUGAGUACAUUGACAGUGAAGAUGACCUGUUUGGAAAUUAUGACAGCUUUUCUGGCAAUGACUCUUUGUUGGCAGAAGUAAAUGAUGUGGAGCAAAAGUGCCUGCAGUCUGCUGACGAUGUUCAGGAUUACAAUAAACUGGAUGGCAAUGCAGCUAAGAAGCCGGUCUGUGGAGAUGUUCAGUUGAAGAAUGAUAAGAACAUGGCCCAAACGUUUUCCAAAGCAAACGCUGCAAAGAGUGACGGAAGUAGAAAUGAAUUUGAUUUCUUGAGAAUCAUGACAGAACCAGAAUAUCAAAAUGUAAAGCAUCUCAAUGAUAGUUUUGAAAGCCUGCCAUCAUCACAGCUCUUGUUUUUCAAAAAAUCAGAUGAAUGCUUUGUUGGCCCUCAUAGAGCAGAAAAUGGGAGAGAAGGGGCCCACUGUGUAAAUGACAGUCUCAACAAAGUUUCAGAUCCCCUUUGUUGCAAUGAUGCAGAAAAGAGCAAAGAUACCGAGUCCCCUGCAAGCGCUUUGUUUGAAGCAAGUAGGAGGAAAAGUCUCAAAGAUCGUCUCAAAAGUACAAUGGCCGGAAAUGCCAGAACUUCAAUUCUGUUAGUAUCUAAAAGUAAACAGCUCAAAGAAGCUGUUGUUUCUGAAGAGAUCGGCAUUAUUGAGAAAACAAACACUUCUUCCUUCAUUGAUAUUGGCCCUUUUUAUGGCUUGCCCACCAAAGUCAAGGAGUUACUGCUUCAGUUCAGAAAAAUUGAGAAACUUUAUGAUUGGCAGCAUACUUGUUUGACAUUAGAAUCAUUGCAACAGAGAAAGAAUUUGAUAUAUUCCUUGCCAACCAGUGGUGGAAAAACCCUCGUUGCUGAAAUAUUAAUUCUUCAAGAACUGCUUUGCAAGCAAAUGGAUGUUCUGAUGAUCCUUCCUUAUGUGGCGAUAGUGCAGGAGAAGGUUGGUGGAAUGUCAGGUUUUGGAAUGGAACUUGGCUUUCUGGUUGAAGAAUAUGCAGGAAGCAAAGGAAGGAUUCCACCAAUCAAACGAAGGAAAAAAAAGUCCCUUUAUGUUGCUACCAUUGAAAAGGGACAUAGCCUGGUGAAUUCCUUAAUAGAGGCAGAUCGAAUUGGUGACCUGGGUCUAGUUGUAGUUGAUGAGUUGCACAUGCUUGGAGAAGGAAAUCGUGGGGCUAUUCUGGAAAUGUUACUUGCAAAGAUUCUCUAUACAAGCAAAACCACUCAGAUAAUUGGAAUGAGUGCAACGUUAAGCAAUGUUGAAGAUCUACAGCAAUUCCUGAAAGCAGACUACUACACAAGUACAUUCAGGCCAGUAGAAUUGAAAGAAUUUGUUAAAAUAAAAGACAGCAUCUAUGAAGUGGACAGCAAAGCAGAAAAUGGUCUUACAUUUUGCCGUCUCUUGGAAUUCAAGUAUUCCAGUAGUCUCCAGAAAGUGGACCCUGACCACCUCAUUGCAUUGGUGACAGAAGUUAUACCAAAUUACUCCUGCCUUGUCUUCUGUCCUACUAAAAAGAACUGUGAAAAUGUAGCUGAAAUGAUAUGCAAACACUUGAACAGAGAAUAUAGACACCUCAAGGAGAAAGAAAAACGAGAUCUUAUUAAAGAUUUAACAAACAUAUGUAAUGGAAAACUUUGUCCAGUACUGAAACGAACUAUUCCAUUUGGAAUUGCUUACCACCACAGCGGCCUUACCAGCGAUGAAAGAAAACGGAUAGAAGAAGCUUAUUCUUCAGGGAUUCUCUGUCUCCUUACCUGUACAUCAACCCUGGCUGCUGGAGUUAACCUGCCAGCCCGAAGGGUGAUUUUAAGAGCUCCAUAUGUUGGCACAGAGUUCUUGAAGAAGAAUCAAUAUAAGCAGAUGGUUGGCCGAGCUGGUCGUGCUGGCAUUGACAAAGCUGGCGAAAGCAUUCUUAUAGCUCAAGAGAAGGACAGGCACCUGGUCCAAAAUUUAAUAUACAGUCCUCUGGAAAGUUGUUACAGCAAACUCCUGAUAGAGCUGAACAAGGGCAUCCGAAGCUUACUCUUAUCAUUGGUUGGAUUAAAGAUAGCAAAUAAUCCUGAAGAGGUUUACCAGUUUAUGCUUAUAACCUUAUUUAGUGUCCAGCCACAGCUUCUGCCUACAGAAAAGACUCUGCGUGAUGUAACAACGGAAGUGUUGGAAUGGCUGAAAGAUAAGGCCCUCUUGAAAGAGAAAGCAAGCUGCGAUGGCAUACAAAGUUUUCAGAGCAAUCUAGAAAUCACUCCAUUGGGACAAGCAACUUAUAAAGGUUCUGUUGAUCUGGCACAUUGCAAUGCACUCUAUGCAGACUUGAAGAAAGGGCUAGAAGGGCUUAUCCUUGAAAGCUGCCUGCAUUUACUAUACUUGACAACACCAUAUGAGAUGACUUCUCAGUGUACCCCAGACUGGAUGGUGUAUUUUAAAGAGUACAGUCAGCUAAGUCCAGUAGAGCAACACGUGGCUGAUCUUGUUGGAGUGCCUGAGAGCUUUAUUAUGAAAAAGGCUUCCGGACAAGGAAUCAAAAAGGAUGUGGACAGUAAAACUGUCACUAGACUCUACUUGUCCUUCAUUCUUCUUUCCUUGUUAAAAGAGACCAAUAUAUGGAUAGUGGCAGAAAAAUUUAACCUGUCACGAGGAUUUAUUCAAACUCUUCUCAAUUCAGCUUCUUCAUUCUCCUCCUCAGUUCUGCACUUCUGUGAGGAGCUGAAUGAAUUUUGGGUUUACAAAGCACUGUUGACAGAACUUACGAAGAAACUGAGCUAUUGUGUUAAGGCUGAGCUCAUCCCUCUGAUGGAGGUGAAUGGUGUUCUAGAGGCUCGAGCCAAACAGCUUUACAACUCAGGAUACAAAACUUUAUCACAGCUGGCUAAUGCAGAUCCAGAGGUGAUGGUGAAGACCAUUGAACAUUUGUCCAGAAAGCAGGCUAGACAAAUAGUUUCGUCUGCAAAGUAACCAACUUUAAGAGGGAUGACUUGGAGCUGGACAAGAAGUCAUCAGCAAAAAAAAAAAAGAUGCCAGGAAAUCAUCAACCAUCAACAAGAGGUGAGGAACAGCAAGCAUAUGCUGUGGAUGAAAGCAACUUCACUGAUGGGAGUGAAGAAAAAAACUGAGAAGGCAAGGCAUACCGGUAGGAAAAAAAAACGAGGUAACCAAACGGGAUGAGAGAAACUCGGGAAUAAUGGAGUAUUUCAACAAUUAAAACAGGAAUUCCAAGCUGAUCUUGCCAGAAAGAAAGCACUUCUCCAAGAAGAGAUGAAGAAAAUCACUGUCCAGGUGGCAGACAUAAUCAAAACAGUGGGAGAAGCGUUGGAAAUAUGUCCAAGACAUGAAGAAAAACUCAGUAACAUGCAGAAAGUGAUUGAAUAACUAAAGCUGGAAGACCAGGUAAACCAAGGCAAACCAAGACAAAUAUUUGGGUUGUUGUGUGUUUUCUGGGUUAUAUGGCCAUGUUCCAGAAGCAUUCUUUCCUGACGUUUCGCCCACAUCUAUGUCAGGUAUCUGCAGAGGUUGUGAGGUAUAUUAGAAAAACUAAGCAAGGAAGGUUUAUAUAUCUGGAAGGUCCAGGGUAGGAGAAAGAACUCUAGUCUGUGGGAGGCCAGUGUGAAUGUUGUAAUAAAUCAAAACUCCAUAUUUGUUUUUGCAGCUUUGUGAUGGAGGAGGAAAACUUGAAUAACCUCUUAGAACCUUUGUGGCCUGGUGCAGCGAAAUAUCACAGGACACUGGACAAAUGGCAGAGUUGCAAAGCCAUUUAGCUCAUCUACAAAUACUCUGUAAAAGAUUGAAUUGUCAGAUUUGCAAGAUAACUAAAGAAAAUAAAAAUCUACCAAACUUUGGCUAAGAAUCAAAACUUGACUCACCGGGGAGAAGAGGUUGAGAUCUACCAGGACUUGUUGCCUGACACAUUGAAUAAAAAAAUGAAGCCAAUGACAAGAACACUUAGAGAAGCAGGAUUUGGGUGCAGAUGGAGCUUUCCUAUGAAAAUUGUGGGACUGAGCAGAGACAGAGCUUUCUUGUUGACAACAGAACAAGAAUUCACAGUGCCCAGGUGGGAGUGAAAAUCCCUGUCUGAUGAAAAAUGUAAGAACAGACGGCUGCUGCUGUUGCUGCAAGUUGGAGGAAGAAUUGCUAAUAGACAAGGCCAUGAAAAAGAAGAGAUGGUUCCAUCAAAAACACUACAGCUGCUGCGACCCCAACUAUCAAUACAGCAAUGUCUAGAAAUUAAUGGGGACUUUCAAUGCUUAUGAUAAACAAAGGGGAUUAAGGCAUUUUCUCUAUUUUCUCUAUUUUUCCUUUCUUCCUUUUUCUUUAUUUUUUUACCCUUCUUUUUUCUGUUAUAAGGUAUAUAAUGUAAAGUAGCCAUUACGUUUACAUAUGUUUCUUUUAGUAAUUAUAUAUGGUCGUGCCAUAUUUGCUCAAUGUGCAACUUUUUGGCUGCAUUCCUUUGCCAAAAAUAGGGUGUGCACUGGACUCGAGGAGCAAACAGGAGAAACCAGGCCUGGCUUGAAUCCUUGGCCUUUCACAAUCCACCCCCUUCCUCCCUUCUUCAGCAGUCUCCAAAGCUGAGCCCAGGCUCCUAUUAGCACUCAAAGUUUAGCAGCCAACUUGGGAGAAUGGGCUCAGAGCGCUCCUCUCCCACUGGCCCAGCCAAAGGGAGGUAAGGGAGAGUGUCCACAUGCUUCCCUCCCUCUCCUUGCUUCCUCACGAAGAGCCAGUGGUGAUGGACCUACCCUCGACCCCCACCUUCACUGACCUAUUGGUUCCUGCUGUAUCCUCCUUCUUACAGACCAGGCUGCAAAGGGGGAUUUCUUCAUUGCCUCAAGAGCCGGAAGGAAGGAUUCAACAUUGCCUCCCCCCCCCCCCUUUACACAGUAUUGGACUCUUCCUCCCUUAGUGCUCUUAAAGAGGAUGCGGUCAGAGCCCCACUUGCAGUCUUCUCCUUCCAACCCACACCCCUGCCAUCUAGGCCUUCAAGAAAGGAUGGAUCCCACCUGGGGCAAAGGGAGCAGUCUUGGAUCCUUCAUUUUUUGCCUGGAUUUGAGGCUGCUGCUGCCAAAACCCCAUGUCCAGACCCAGACAGCAGGCAGCUGAGUUGCAAGGAGGAGACAGCUAACAACUGUCCAAGUGUCACUCUUGUGAUAACAAUCCAUUUCUUCUAGUGCUGCAUUUCUCAAGUUCUCUCCUUCCCUUAUUGGCAAUUGUUGAACUUUAUUCCAAGGUGAUGGCUCCUGGGUCUCCCUUCCAUUGGCAAAAGAAGUCAAAUGUUGAUUCUGUCUUUGUGAUCUCCUAGCUUCCACCGUAUCAUCUGAUCGAGGGGUUUCAAGCCUUGUACAGGCUUUAUUGAAUAUUCAUUUGAUUGAACAUUCUCAUCCAAGUAGAUUACUUUUCCUAGAGUAACUCUUCCCGUGCAUGGGCCAAGAAUUCGGUAUCCUUUAGCUGCGGUAGGAAAUCCGUUUCUAAUUACUUCUGUCAAAUUUGCCUCUUUUUUGACUUUUGGGACAUAUUGAUUAGCUUUGCUGUCAAAUACUCUACAAUGUGCCAUGCUAGGAGGACAUCCAUGCCAUAGUUUAUAGGAUAAGAGCCUUUGCUUUCAUGGGCAAAAUGUUUUGCAAAUCAUUAGCUGCACUAAUGGCUUCAGCCCAUAAUUCUUUGAUAAUUUGGAGUCCAAUAGCAUACACCUGGUUAAACCUUUUCAAAAGAUUCUCAACAAGUCUCCAUGGGAUUUACUUCAAUUGUCGGUUCUUAAGGUCUGAGGCAUUCUGUUCAAGUUAUUGCUUACCGCUGACAAAAAUCCCUGUAGCCUUUCAUAAACUUCAGCUUUGCUCUUGAUCAGGUAUACAAAUGAAAAUCUGCUGCAGAUAUCUAUAAAAGUCAGAAAAUAUCUAUUUCCAGCAAUUGGUGAGACUUAGUUUCACAAACAUUACAGUGAAUGAACGUUAGAAAGGGCUCAGUCACCAUCUCACUGUUUUUUGGAGGGAUGGUUGCUUCUCGCUUCACUUCUACCAUGUUUCCCCGAAAAUAAGACAAGAUGCGCUAGGUCUUAUUUUCAGGGGAUGUCUUAUUUUUCCAUGAAGAAUUCACAUUUAUUGUUGAACAAAAAAAUGAACAUUUAUUAUAUACUGUACAGUAGUUGUCAUCACAAACCAGCAUAACCAGACAAACUGUGAGUCCUAUCAAGAAUUUCUCGUUAUUACCACUAUUUCCAUGUACAACACUCUAUGGUACGUACAUUUACCGAUCCUGCAUGCUCUGGUGUUCUGUUCGGCGGGCAUGCUUCCAAAAAAACUUUGCUAGUUCUUACUUUCAGGGGAGGCCUUAUAUUAGUAAUUCAGCAAAACCUCUACUAGGUCUUAUUUUCUGGGGAUGUCUUAUUUUAGGGGAAACGGGGUAUACAGUGUGCAUUCUUCUUUAUCACAGCAUUUUUGAAAAUCCAUGCCUGCUGAACAGCUUCAACUACAAUCUUUCAUUCACAUGUCCAAGUCUUCAAUGCCACAAACUGAAACAAUCAUCUUAUUUGCAAUUCUCUGCAAUGCCUGCAGAUCUAGCAAUAGAAUUAACUAUUCAUCUGCUGUUAAAAUGCAUCUUCCGUCCAAUGCUGCCUUUCUUGCUCCAUCCUUUUCCCCAGCAUUGGACUCUUCCUUCCUUAUCUGCUUUCGAGGAAGCACAUCCCUCUUGUGGUCACAGACCCAUUUGCAAUCUCCUCCUUUACAACUCAUUUCACCACUCAUCCACACACAUACCACCACUACCACUGCUGCCUCUAGCUGCAAGAAAGGAAGGAUCCAAUACUGGGCCAAGUAGGGGGGUAGUAAUAGGAUUGUAGGAUCUUUCUGUCCUCACCUGCUUUUGAGGCAAGGAAGGGAACCCCUUUCCAGCCUGGAUUGCAAGGAGGAGGAAGCAGCUGAAGCCAGCAGGUCAGAGAAGGUGGGGGAUGAGGGUAGCUCCAUCAUCACUGGCUCCUCCUGAGGAACCAAGGAAAGGGAAGGAAGCAUGUGGACGCUCUCCCGCCUUUUGGCUGGGCCAAUGAGAGAGGAGUGCUUGAAGUCCAUUCUCCCAGGCUGGCUCUUGAACCCCGAGUGCUAACAGGAGCUUGAUCUCUGUUUGAGAGGAAGAUGGAUGGGAGGAGGCUGCUGAAGGCAGAGGGAAGGGGAGGACAGCUGCUCUGCAGAGAGCAAGAGGGCAGCUGGGCCUCAGGGAACAUCUUGGCCUGUGAGUUGGAAAAGGUGGAGGUGUCACCAAGUGUGCCAUCUCCAGGAGAGUCAUGUGCGAUGGUUGCUUCCUGUGAUCCUCUUCUCAUCAAUUGGCUGGGUCUCUUGGGCACAACAUGAAGAAGGGGAAGAAGCAAAGGGGAGUGGAGGAGAAGUAGAAGCAAUUUGGGAACCCAAGAGGGAUAGGCCUUGGGCACUAUGCAAGCCUAAAAAUAUGGUAUUUGCCAGCAAAUCCUUUUAUUUUUUUUUAUUUUUUUUGGUUUCAGAGUUUUUAAAAUUAAGGUGUACAUUAUAUUCCAUAAUGCUGUAGAUGCAAGUAAAUGUGGGUAUUAUCUAUUAAGGCCGGGCUGUGGCGCAGCUGAUAAGUAGUCAGCUGCAAUAAAUCACUACUUACAGAGAGGUCAUGAGUUCGAAGCCCGGGUCGGGUUAAGCCCCUGACCAUUCAAUAGCCCAGCUUGCUGUUUACCUAAGCAGCCCGAAAGACAGUUGCAUCUGUCAACUAGGAAAUUUAUGUACGCUUUAUGUGGGAAGCUAAUUUAACUAAUUUACAACACCAUAAAACUGCCAGAAGCACGGGGAAAGGAAUGAGGAAGUACAGUACUCAGUGUCACUAGUGGACGGUGAAGCAACAGCUCCCCCUGUGGCCGGAACUGAGCAUACCCUCACGAAGCUGGAAAUGUUAAAUUGCCUCUGUAUGUGUCUAUACUGUAUGUUGUUUGUCUGAUAGCAUUGAGUCCCCCCGGGGAGAAAGGUGGGGUAAAAAUGAUAUAAAUAAAUAAUAUAUAUAUGUGCAUUGUAAUCUGCCCUGAGUCCCCUUUGGGGUGAGAAGGGCGGAAUAUAAAUUCUGUAAAUAAAUAAAUAAAUAUUACGUUUUAGUGUCUUA